ACUGAUUAUUGUCUUUCUACAGCAGAAUGGCUUCCAGAAGGAAAGCCAGCAUUCUGGAGACAGACUCUGAGGACAUUUUCCUGAGUCCAAAGCGAAAGAAGAAGCCACCAGGCAACAGCAAAAAAGAUGAGGAUGAGCUUAAAGUCAACUCACUGUUUGGGGAGUUGGUGACCAAAGCCGGCUUUAUCCUGAAGAAGGGUGACGCACCGAACCUGCUGAACUGUGAUAUGGCUGUUUUUCGAUCAAACUUAGCCUACAGUUUGAAGACCCAUCCUUCCUGUCGUAUGCCUGAAAUUGCUAAGGAGUUUAUAAAAGGACUGGAGGAGGUUAUUGAGGAUCCAAUCAGGCUCAAGUGGUCCUUACUCUACACUCAGACUGUAAGGAACUGUGAAACUGCUCGAGGGCCUCAGCAGGAUUCUCUCAUUCGUUUGUGCCUCAACAUAGAUGAACUUCAGCCUUGUCUCAUCCAGCUGCUGACUGAGAAGCUUCUAGAGACUGCAAAUGAUGAUGAGGCAAGCACUGAUGCCAAUAUUCCCAUGUUGGUGUUAGCCAACCUGAGGUGGCUGGAUUAUAUAGUUGACAAUGAGACACUGACAACCAAAAUGAUAGAGAUGAUUGAAGGUUCUCCUGUGAAGGUGCAGAAGGAAGUUAUAACAUAUGUUCCUGACAUAGUGAAUGAUGCAGACCAUCCCAAACUGGCUGAUGUAUUAUGUGACCUUUAUAGCACAACCCCUGAGCUGACCCCUGCCAUCCUGGACACUCUUGGGAACUUGACCUUGCCUCCUGAGAGCCUGGCAGAGGUGCAUCACUCUGUCCUGAAGACCCUGCAUGCUGCCAGGCCUGAGCAGCUGCCAGUAGUGGUCAAGUUCUUGCUCACCAACACUCAGGUCUCCGUGGCAUACCAAGUUCUAAGUGACAUACGAAUGAAGAUCAACCUUCCUGGGGACUGCCGGCCCAGCAGAGGCUCCCCAAGGAAGGGCCUCAGCAGCAGCAGCAUUCCUUCCUCAUAUGUAGCCAAAGAUGACCCUGCCUAUGAGCUACUCCUUCUUGAUAAUAUUAAGAUGGCUGCACUCAUACACAAGUUCCUGACCUUGAAUUGGUUAAAAGUUAUCCAAGAUGUGUAUGAUGUGGCCAGUGUGAAGCCCAUUGACUUCUUGGUCCUGCUCAUUUUGCACAAUGCCAUCCCCUCUCACCGACAGAACAUUGAGAGCAUCAUGAAGAACAAGAUUCGGACAGGAAUUUUCACAGAUAGAGUCCUGGGAAAGAUAUUUGCUAAUCAUGUUGAUGCUCUGAAAGAAAAUUUUGGACCCCUGAAAAAAAUUUCCAGUAUGCUCAUGAGGUCUCCAAUCCUGCUCUUGAGACUGACUGGGGCUACUUUCUACAAACUGUCCUUCCUACACUUGGAUGGUCACUACAGGCAGGAGACAGUGCUUGGCCUCCUGCAGCACCGGGGAGAUAUAGCGGCAGUGAGGCACACCACACUCGGUCUUUUGUCCACUCUGGCUCAUGAGCACACUGAUAUUAUGUCCAAGUUCACCAUAUUCCUGAAGGGCUCCAUGGAGCUAGUGGAUAGGCUGAGCAUGAGAGAGGUGAAGAAGCUGGUUGAUGUGGUUACCUGCCUGUUGUUCAGCGACUCCACUCACGCUGCCAUGCAGGAUGAACUUAUGAUUCUUGUGAGGAAGCAGCUCUGUCACACACACUCAAAAUACAAGCAGAUUGGAGUUGUGACAGCUGCACUUAUUAUAAAAAAUAUGGUUAAGGAUGAUGAUCAGGAUGCCAGCAGCAGCACUGUAGAGAGUGAUAGUGCAAGGUCCAGGACACAUGGCUUGGCUCUAGAGGAAGCUGAAAACCUGUUGUCCCUUGUGAUGUCCUCCACAGCCACCUCACCAGUAGCCUCUGCUCUGUUCAUGGAUGAGCUGGCCUCCAUAUCCCUGAGGGAGAAAAUGAACAGUAAACUUGAGUUGCGGAUGCGUGACAUGAUGGCAGAUGAAUUUGAAAAUUUAUAUGUGACAGACCUAGAGCCGAAUGCUCCCCAGCCACAAGAACCAUUUCAGAUGGGUGCAUAUUGGAACCUGGAUGCUGACAGGGAAGGAGGCUGUAUUGCCCUCAACCUUGCCCCAUUAGUGGUCAAAGCAGAGGUCACAAGACUUGACCCAAAUGACAUAAAGACCAACCUCAUCUACCUUGCACCUCAGUUUCGACUGUUACGUAUGCUGGAGUGUCGCAUCCAUGACGGGGAACUCAAAAACAUUGAUGCCCUCUUGGGGUGCCCAGUGAUCUGUCCAGCUCCUGCGGUGUUUGAGAGCUUUGAUUCCAUGGUGGAGGCUCAGCAGCAUGCAGCACUGUCAUGCCUCUUUUAUGUUACCAACUGGUUUCGUGAGCUUCUGAACGCCUUUGUGACUCAGAAGGACCGUGAGUCAAAGAACAAAGUUUACCAGCGUCUGGAGAAAGUAAUAGAUACAGAAAACAUGAUUGCUGACUUCCUGCCAAAGUGUCCCAACUACAUGCCCCCAAUAGCAGUGUUUGACAUGGACUACUCAUCAGGGGCACCGACAGUCACCAUCACCAGCCUGAAGAAAGGAAAGAAGGGAAGGAAGCCAGGCUCCGGGAAGGGGAAAGGUCCUAAAAUCAAAGGGAAGAAAGCCAACACAGACACCACUCAGCUUGGGACACAGCUGUGCACCCAGCCCAUCAGCCAGGUGGCCCUCACUCAGACUAACAAAGAUUCCCCAGAGAAAAAGGCUGGGUCAGGCUCCGUGGUGAACAUGGCUUCCUUGCGCCCAUUCCUGCGGGAACUUCACUUUGAUGUCUUCAAUUUGUUGUUUAGAAAAUUGGCACUGAACACAGAUUUAAACACUGAGGGCCAUAUAAGUCUUCCUGCGACUGAGUUUCUGUUGACUGACCUGAACUGCAAAUUGGAGCAUGUAUUUGGAACCAGCAACAAGAGAGCCUCUGCCCUGGGAAACCCCCAGGAGAAGAGUAUUGGUCACUCCCAUUUGGAUCUGUUCACUCCUGCUGAAGUCUUUGAACACACAAUACACAUUGUUAAACCAGUGUGUGUUCACCUGGAAAAAAUCAGUACAUUCUUCCAUACCAUGAUAGCUGACAAUGAUGGCAUACUGGACGCUCCCAACAUGUUCACCAAGUACACCAACCCAGUGAUGAAGGUCAACCAGCUACUCUUCACAACCCUCUGCAGUCUCUUCUCCUGGCAGGGCUUGCAGCAGGAAGCCCACAAAGAGGUUCUAACAUUAAUCCUUCAUGUUAUUGCAAAAAGGAUGGAAGGAGAUGCUGUAAAAUCAAUGGAGCAAGAGGAACUUAUCUCCACUGCCUUCAAGUACUUUUCUAACUUUCAAGCCACAGUUGUGGACAUGGGGACAGCUGCAGCAUUGGUGCAGACUCUGGUGGCCAUCAUUGCUCUCCCACAGCAUGAAGAUUUCUCAGACAAAAUGAUUAAGGUUAUUGAAGAGCUCUUGAAGAGGGAGUGGUACACAACAGGAGGAGAGCGCGACAAGGGGACAGUUUUCCAACAGCAUCUUUAUGUCCUGCUGGAGGUGUAUUUGAAGCAGAGCAAGGAACCGUUAAAACAGCUAGAAAUCCUCUGCUGUGAAGGACUUAACGAAUUCUCAACAGACAGCAGUAAAGAGCGUCACUCCGACAGCUUCCCCACACUCAACAAAAAUUCCUUAAUGGUGUAUUACAAGGUCAUCAUGUCCUUCUUGGUCAGUGGAACGACAAAGUCACUCUCCCAUAUAAGUACCACAUCAUCAGAUGACAAUAAAAAGCGUUUGUCUGUCUGGAAAGCAUCCCUCAAGGUCUUGCACACACUAGUCACAAUACUGAAGGAUUAUUACAACAGACAAAUGUUGACCACUUGUUUGAAGUUUGCUUCUUCUUUCCUGGAACUUUUCCUGCGCAGUGCUAUGCCUUUGAUGGACACUUGCCUUCGUCAGCACAAUCAAGAUGUCGUGAUGCUGCUGAAGGAUCUCCAAACUUCAACCAGAUUCCUGCAGCAUUUGUGCACUCAUUCCAAGGUUAAACAAGACACAACCAUGACCAGGUUCGUCCCGCGCCUGAGGAAAUCUUUGGAGACCCUGGUGUACAGGGUUAAAGCCAUGCUGGCUCUCAACAAGUGCCAUAAUGCCUUCUGGAUGGGAGUCCUAAAGAACAGAGACAUACAUGGUGAAGAAAUAUUGUCCCAGUCAACUAAUGCUGAUGCUGAUGAGGAGAGCAAUGAAGAAGAGGAGGAAGAAGACAGGGAGUCUGAUGUGGAACUUGGUGAUGAAGACCAGUCAUCAAAUAUUGGAGAGGACGACAAAGCUACUGACUAUAGUAAUAGUUUCUAAAGGUCUUGGAAUGAAUAUCUGUGUACAACUUAAGUAAUCAAUUUGAAAUGUUAAUCUUUGAAAGGAAAACAAAUUGAGAACUUUCCAAAUUACAGAUAAAGAAGCGCUUAAUUUUUCUAAUUAAUUAUGGACAAUGUAAUGUGCCUCAACUCACUACAGUGUGAAACACUGAUACAAAUCUUUUAAGUUAAAGAAUCAACAUUAAAAAUGGCUUAAAAAGAGUCGCCUUAUAUUUAACUAACUACUGUAAUGGGGAGAAUAAGCUCAGGGGCAUGUCGCUUCACUCACUUGCCGCCUCUGCUCUUGACGAUCCUCCUGAGCAUGCUCUCACGCAACUGCCUUGUCCAUCUUACGUCCUUCCUGGCAGAGUUGAUCAACUUGCCCCACCCGUGAGUUAAGUGGGCAUCCCCUUUGUCUCUUCCACUCAGGGUUAUCUUAUACAAAAACAACCAUAUGAGCAGGAGUUACGUCCGGGAGGCAUGCCACUUGCCUGUAUAGCUGGACUUUGCAUUCAUGAAAUAGGCUGGUAACAGGCCUUGAUUCAGUUUCAUCAUGUAGGCGCUGGUUUGACAAUGCCAACUCUGGCCAAAUGGGCAUGUGGCACACCCCAGAUGUUGGUCCUGCUCACAGGGUUGUUUUUGUACGAGACAACUGUGAGUGGAGGAGACCAUGGGGAUGCCCACGUAACUCAUGGCUGGGGCAAAUCGAUCAAUCCUGCCCAGAAGAACUUGAGAUGGAUAUGGCAGCUAUGUGGGUGCUUGCUUGGAAGGACUGUUGGGAGCAUAGGCAGUGGAUGAGGCAAGGCACCCUGGGUGUAUGCUCCCCAUUGGUUAGUUUUUGUUGGAAUAUUUCUUACAAGCCUGUUAAAUGAAUCAGGAAGGUAACCUAAAUGAAAUGUAAUAGUGGUUACCAAAGAAUUUGGUGUAAUGACCAGAAGUUGAAAUGCCCUCCACAAUACUGGUAAUAAUAAUGACUGUGGUGCCAUAAAAGGGGAACUACUUUAACUUUUGGGGUGAUAUCUUUACCAAGGUAUUAUCUGCUGUUUUGUAUUUUAUAAUUCAGAUGAAAAUACAAGAGAUUUGUUGUUUUCCUAGAGUUCUUACUCUUUAAAGUUCAGUGAUGCAAUAAUUAGCAGGAGUUAUCAAAUACUUUCAACAGUUUUGCUUAUUGUAACUUGUCAAUUUUCUCAUGAUUGGGUGCAUAAUCUUACCAUCGUUCUGUAAACAUGAUUUUUUAUUAGUAACUGUUAAGGACAAUAUAUAUUUGUCAUCAUGAUUGCGAGACCUUAAUGGAAAGAAAUUCAAAUAUAUUUAUACAUUUAUACUACUUAAAUAAAAAAAUUCUACUUAG